CCCUGAAAGAUCGCGCAGCGCAACGCCCUCAGGAGCUGGCAUAUCCACUCAACGGGGCAACGACGAGAGCCGCUCGUGCAAUGGCCGUCACACACAGCGUGUCGAAACGUCAGAAAGCCACAAAGAAAGCUGAAACCGAAACACUCAAAAAUGCUCCAUCGGCACCGAAUUUCGAUUCCAUCCGUCGGUCGCUUGGUAGCCGGCAAGCCUGGGCGGUCGUAGACCUCGAUGAGAGAGGCCAAGUCAUUCCUGGCUCGGAACAGGUCAAGGGAAGCCUGGAUGGACCCAUCUUUGGAACCCCCGUCCAGCAGGCACUCGUGCAAUCACAAGAGAGGUACAUGCCUCAAGCUGCCGUGUCCACAGAGACUCAGCCGGACGAGCCCACAUACCAUGCUAGGAGCGUCAACGUCCCAACAACACGCUCGGCCAAGACUCGCGGUCGUUCUCACAUCGCUCCCGCGGAACAUGGAAGGCAGCGUGGUCGUGCCGUGCUCCCUCGUCCUGCACUUCCAUUGUCGACUUGUCCCAGCCCAUCGCCAGAGACUGCUAUCCCCGACUUUGCUGCUGCAGCAGCGAGUGUCGGGCCAGAAGUGGUAUUGCCCCCACACAAGCAGUUGAAAUCGUUACGUAUCAACAACCCGGCCGCAGUCCAGUGGUUCCUCAGCAGUAGACUGAAGCGUAUGCAACAGCUGGCCGACAAAAAGAUCGCCAAAGCCUGGAUCAAGGGCAUAUGUCCGAAGAAGCAAGCCAAGUUUCCGUACCAGAACAAUAAGCAUGAAAAGGAGACUGGCGAGAAGCCGGCUGUACCUGCGUGGUGGCCUGAUACGGAGACGGUGUGUCGUUUCGUUGAACCAGACCACAUCCGGAGAGAAGAACGCAUGGGACUGUGCCUGCACUUGCUUCGCCUUCGUCCCAGUCCAUCUCAGUUGGAAGAGUGGAACCGUUACGAUACACCUCCCAGCAAGACCCAUAUUGAGCGAGGCUGGACCGCAUGGCUCGAGGAAUUGGCUGGACCGGAGGUUUUUGAUGAGGUGCCCAAAGAUGCUUCGCAUCGCCUCAAGUAUCGACGCCAGCUCAUGAAAGAUAUGUACGAAGUGGCCCGGAUGGAAGAAGAAUAUCUCGGGGGCGCCCUGGAUGGCGACUCGCAUUUUCAAUAUGAGUCUGAAGAAGAAGAACGCAAGCCCAUCUCGACAAAGCGCUCGAGACAAAUAUCGGCGGCGUCUACCCCGGACUGCGAGAAUCCCACGCCUCGCUCUACGUCUCCCAGCUGUACCAGACCCGUGACCAAGCGCGCCAGACGAGACUCGACAGCCACAAAUGCUACUGUUACCGAGAGUCGCGUUCCGGAUCGCAAGCCUGGUCUCGACAUGAUCCCACUUGUCACGGACCCAGGAAGGUCCGCAGCAACGUCGUUCAGCGACAGCUUUGACUCUACGCCUCGGAACAGCAUUUCCUGUGGCCCACUUGAGUCCGGUAACGUUGUUGCCUCUCACCCAGACCAACCAAGCCCGCUGCAUCACAUGCAUGGCCUUCCGCGACACAAUGUUUUCCAAGGCGCAUCGUCGCAUGGCUAUUCGCAGGCUCAUCAGUGGCAUGAGCACAGCAUGUCUGGAUUCAACGAGCAGCAGCAGACAGGUGGCAGCGACUUCCAGUACCAAGGCCAGGUGGCGCCAAAUACGUUCCCAGGUCGACAGGAUUUCGAGUUCCCGCAGUUCCCGCAGCAAUUCGUUCCCAUCCAUCAGGUACACAUGGGCUUUGCACCUCAGCCCGAGUUUCAGUCCACGCCAAGCACGCCCGUAUUCUCUCCUACGGGCAUGGUCUCAAUGCCCAUGGACACCUUCUCAUUGCAGCAGCAGUCGGGCGUGAUCCCUGGCGGGCAAUACAUGCAGCCUUCGCAGUACUUUUUGCCAGCCCAUCAUGGUCUCGACUCGGCUGUUGCUGAUUUUCACCCACCUGUCAACAUGGUCGGACCUCAAUACCAGCAGCCCCAGCAACAAGAGCCAGGUGGUUUGGGCCAACAGCAGCACAUGGCGCCCCUGUCACAACAAAACCACGCCAUGCUCAUGCCGCACCAACCUAUGCAGUGGCAUCAUCAUCAUCACACACGCUGUUAGUCGCCAGACGAUGCCGCGCAAAAAAUUUCGGAACUUGCUCCUUCUUGACAGCGUUAAGGCGUGCGAAGCAUUUUCUUAAGUCGGCCCAUGUUCGUUUGUUGUGUUGUUUUUGGUUUUUUUUUCGGGCCUUAGUAUCGAUACCCCCUAGUGUUCGCAAUGCUUCCAAGUUCGGUCAAGUUUUUGCUUGUACAGUGGCGUCAGCGUUCUCUUUUUUUUUCGGACUAUUCCUUCGCUGCCGACAUCCGAGACGUGAAAACGAGCGAUGAAGACAUGAUGGAAACAAUGAUGAUUGCGUUUUUACCUUAAUGACUAGCCCUGAUGGGCGAAACGAUUUCGAUUUAUUGUGAGAUAAUUGGCUUUUAUAUAGAGGCGUAUUGAGGUAAUCAAAAGAAAAGGAAAAAUCAACAAGGU